AUGGGAUCCAGUGGAAGCAAGGCAUAUUGUGGUGGUGCAUCAUCAUCAUCAUCAAGUGGAAGUGGAAGUGGAAGGAAGGGAAAAUCUAAAGGGAGGAGUAAGGUUUUUCAGUCUUCUUGUUUGGGUGCUUCUUGUGGAUCUCGUGAUAGUACCAGUGGUGACCAUGUUUGUGAUAAUGGGAAUAAAGAAAAUUAUGAAGGAAAUGCGUCAUCUACUAACAGGAAUGAAAUAGACCCGGAUGAGGUUAAAAUUGAGUGUUAUGGAAAGGUCAAAGUUGACCAAUCUGAUGAAAUGUCUUGCAUAGCUUCGGAUGUUGAGCUCGAUGAAUGGAAUCAAGCUAGCAUCACGAAUACUUCCUCUAGAACAGGCAACAGCUCUGCUCGAGCUGCUGCUCCCACGCAGGCAUUGACCUCCCCAAGUCGGUUUCUUUCUCGCUUUAAUUUUAUUCCUGGUAAUGUGAGCUUUAGGCUGAGUAGAGCAGUGAGUUUAGGUUCGUCCAGGGCAUAUCCUAUUCAUUCUACUAGUCUCAGAAUGUUGGACAGUGAUGAUGAGAUUCGCCAUCGUCCACAGUCUUCCAAUGGUGCUGUUGAUGGAAAUGGAAAUGAAACACAACAAAGUAGUGAUUUAUUGGCUACGUCCUUGGUGAAUAGAACUGCUACACAUCAUCACGAAGAUGCGGCUGCUAGUUUGCAGUUGCAUAGUCAAGCAUCUGAUCUCUUAGACAAUAGGCAAGAAAACCAGAAUAUUUUUUCGAUUCACAAUGCAGGAAGAAAUGAAGGUGGAACUGGAGUCGGGGUUGAUGGAAACUUACAUUCUCCUAGAAUGUUCAAUGAUGUGGAUGGGAUUGAUACUAGACUUUCCGAUAGGCGAAUUGGAGCACGAGAACCUGCUGAGCGUAAUGUUCGUUUUAGCCGAACCUUAAGCGUCGGAAGACUCCGUGACAGAGUUCUUCGUCGGUCAUCACUAUCUGACCUUACAUUUUGUCCUGUGCAACAAGAAAGAGAAACAAGAGAUUCUAGCCAGUUUAGUGGGAGACAGGCAUUGGGUGGGGAGAUGAGGGUGUCAGAAUCUGAAGGGAAUGCUCUAACCUCUCCAACUGCACUUGGUUAUCCUCGAUCUGGCAUGUCUAGCUCACUGUUCGGCAUUCAAGAUCAUGAGGUGGAAACCUCUCGAUCAAGAGAAGCAAGGUACCAUGACUUGCUAGAACAUAGAUCAAAUUUCCUUGAGCGGAGGAGAAGAAUACGAUCUCAGGUUCGUGCUCUUCAGAGGUUGGGAAGCCGUUUUGAAAACCUGUCCGGUCAUGAGAGGUCUUGUAUUUUGUCCGGUCAACAUAGAACAGGUCGCUGUACGUGUCGUGUAAAUAAUCGAGAUGCCAAUUUAAAUGAAGACACAAGUGCUCGGGCUAGCAUAUCAAGAAUUGUCAUGUUAGCUGAAGCUCUAUUUGAGGUUCUGGAUGAAAUUCACCAGCAGUCAGUUGUGUUGUCCUCUCGGCCUUCUGUGUCUUCACUUGGAUCUGUACCUGCACCUAAUGAAAUAGUGGAAUCUUUGCCAGUUAAACUAUAUGCCAAGUCCCAGAAACAUCAGAAUGAGGAGACAGCUCAAUGUUACAUAUGCCUUGUGGAAUAUGAGGAAGGAGACAGUAUGCGAGUGUUGCCUUGCCAUCACGAAUUCCACAGAACAUGUGUAGACAAGUGGCUGAAAGAGAUACACAGGGUAUGUCCACUUUGUCGUGGUGAUAUUUGUAGAUCUGAUUCAUUGCCCACAGAGAACUAA